GCAGUUUUGUUUACUUUAUAUAUCCUUCUUCUAUACAUCAGUCAGCUUCACUCUCAAUUUUUACCCGAUAGCCAUUCUCAAAAAUGACUUCCUAUAUGAGAAAGCACUGUAAAGCAAUUAGUCGGCGCAUGUCUGAGGUGCCAAGUUUGAAGACAAUGUCAGAGAUGAAGUUGUCCAUAAAAACAACCCCUCUCGAAGAACCAAACCGAGAUGAAGUAGCCCAAGAAGUCCAAAGGUCCCAGGACUUGCAGCUUUCUCGAAAUGCGAAUUCUGAGAAUACUCUCAAGAAUGCCACCACUUCCAAGAACAAAAAGACCAACAUAACAGCUUCUCUGCUCCAAAAAUCCAGGGACUCAAGCUCAAACUCUUCCGAAUCAACCAUUAUCAAUACAGCUAGCUCACCCAUCCCCUCCACAUCCCUUUCAUCCACCAUUCCGACCACCACCACCACCAAAUCCAACAAAAACGGUCCCGAUGAAAAAUACCAAAUCAACACUCACCUGCUCUUCGAAUCAUCUUUCCCGGGCCACACAUUCAUCUCAGUGCAUCUCCAACGCCUCCAACACGGUAUCUAUUCCGAUGUCAAUCUCCACACCAAACAUACCUUACACGUAACAUUCAUCGCUCUCAGCUUCAUAUUCCAUCCCUCUACCCCCACGCACCGUUUUGAAAGCGCAGUGAUCGAUAUCCAAGUCCGUGACAAGCGAGGAAAUAUGAGAUUUCUAAAAUAUGCGCCGCACCAAGCAUAUGGGAAAAUAAGCACCGAGAGUUUGAAGUGGAAUUUUCAGCUGGGGGCUUCGCUGGGGGUAACACAGGGACCAGCAAAUGUAUGCGUGAAGCCGAGUAUUGGGGAGGAGAAAAGUAAAGUCGUGGGGACGAUGAUGAAGAUACAAGGUUCCACACGCAGCACUUUUCACCAUUCUACUCGGUAUCCGGAUACGCUGCUCCAUUUUUCGCUCGAGGAAAAUGCCCAGCAGGAAUCGGGACUUCCGCGUGAAUUUACGUUUGUGUUUUUGCUUGAGAGGCCAAGUGAGAAACAAUAUCCGUCUGUUCAUACCUUUCAUUCUUCCAAGUUUGAAACACUUGAGCGUCGUAUUUCUGAGAAACUGAAGAGUAUGAGUGGGAGAGAAAAGAAAGAUGGGGAUGGAGAUGGAAAAUGCAUGGAGUAUAAAUAUGAAGAUCUAGCUGGGGAGAAAAGAACGCCGAGAUUGGAAGUUCAGAGGUUAGAUGGGGAUUUAGAGGAGAUUUUCGGAGAGGUGGAAUUUCAAAUUGAGAUUGAACCUAAAAUAUCCAACAUACUCGCCCUCCCGUCUCUCCCCUCCCCGCUACCUACUAUUUCUCGCACGAUCGGUUCUAUCCAUAAUAGCGCAGCACACACCGAAAGUACAAGAGUCCUCGGAGAAGUAGGCCAGAAAUUUCCCACUGAGGGAACGCUAGAUAGUAUGGGAAAAGUUGAACAUGAAGAGGCGAUCGUGCAUGGAUUGUAUAAUUUUGCGAAGUUGGGAGGAGCGUUUGAGGAGCAGGUUAGUUUGCCGGGGGAGAGCGUAGGGAGUAGAGUGCCGGAGGUGGGUGGUGGGAGUAGUGGGGGUGGGAAAUAGAAGGAUGGGGUAUGGUAAGGAAAACGGAAGAGGAUAAAAGCGGUGGAUGGCAGACUGUGGAAGUAUAUAAGAGAAACCUGCAUGAAAAGACAUGUGGAUUGGAUGAGCUAGUUUAUAGGUAACGGGUGGUAUAACGUAUCUUGUACGAAACUUCAUCUCAUAUCCCAUAUAUCUUUAAGGAAAGCAAGUCAUCAAAUUGCAUCGGUCAUGCA